AUGCCGCGGAAAAAGCCAUUCAGCAACAAACAGAAGAAGAAACAGCUGCAGAGCAAGCGGGAGAGAAAGAGAGGAGAGACUGGCUCUGGGCCGAGCAGCCGUAAUGCCAGCCUGGAGAGAGGAGACCGACAAUCAGACACUUCAGACAGCGAGACCACCGACAUAAGGAGAAUUAAUCAACAACCAGGAGGCAGAGAUGGCGGACAUGAUCCCAAUAGAUUUCGUCUGCACUUUGAGAAGGAGAGUAAAGAGGAGGUGGAGAAAAGGAAGAGGGCAGCGAUGGAGAACGAGCUGAAGUCUGUAACAGACAAAGAUCUAGAGACGGAUAUUUGUGACAUCUACCCAACAGAAAAAGGUCUUACAUUUCCUCGGCGGCCAUCUUGGAACUACGAGAUGACGAGGGAGAGUUUGCUCAGGAAAGAGGAGAAAUCGUACAGGGAAUAUGUGGACGACCUGCAGUCCAGAAACCCACCUGGAUCUCUGAGCCACUUUGAACACAACCUAGAGACAUGGAGACAGUUGUGGAGAGUAUUAGAAAUGUCAGACAUCAUCCUGCUCAUUGUGGACAUCAGGCACCCAGUGCUGCAGCUUCCUCCAGACUUGUACCACUACAUCACAGGAGCUCUGCAGAAACAGGUGGUGUUGGUGCUGAACAAAGUGGACCUGAGCCCUCCUCCACUGGUGAUCGCCUGGAAACACUACCUGACAUCACAGUUCCCUCACAUGGAGAUUGUCUGCUUCACGUCCCACCCCGGGCAGCCCUACAGCACAAUUCUGCAAAAGAAGAGGAUGCGAAAGAAGGUGCACUGGAGUGUUGCGGGAGGCCCUCUGGACAUCCUCAAAGCCUGUCAGGGCAUCACAGCAGGGAAGGUUGACCUUUCGAGCUGGGAGCGGAAGAUAAAGAGCGAUGCGGUUGCAGAGCUUGCGGAUGGAGGCGGGGAGAGCUCUGUCGUGAUGGAGCACCAGAGCGACAGUGCCAUGGAGAUGAGCAGUUUGUCACAAGAGCUGUACAAAGAUGGAGUCCUCACACUGGGCUGCAUAGGUUUUCCGAAUGUUGGUAAAUCAUCAGUAAUCAACAGUUUGGUUGGAAGAAAAGUGGUGAGCGUCUCCCGAACUCCAGGCCACACCAAAUACUUCCAGACGUACUACCUCACUCCCACGGUUAAACUCUGCGACUGCCCGGGCCUCGUCUUCCCCUCUCGUGUGGACAAACAGUUGCAGAUUCUUGCAGGAAUUUACCCGGUGUCUCAGCUGCAGGAGCCGUACAGUUCAGUGGGAUAUCUCUGCGAAAGGACUCCUUUUCUGUCCGUGUUGAAGCUCAAGCACCCGUCUCUAUCGGACAAUGAGCCGCUGUCACAGGAGCCCAAGUGGACGGCCUGGGACGUGUGUGAGGCCUGGGCAGAGAGAAGAGGUUAUAAGACUGCAAAGGCAGCACGUAACGAUGCGUACCGAGCAGCAAACAGUCUGUUGAGGCUCGCCAUCGAUGGACGACUGUGUCUCUGCCUAAGACCUCCAGGGUACAGCUGCCUCAGAGAACGUUGGGAGAACCACCCAGAUUUGCCAGAGAUCAUGGCGCUUCAGGGCAGGACCAACAUGGCGGAGGCGUCUGAUGAGGAGGGGGAGUCAAGCAGCGAGGGCGAGGAGGAAGAGAGGGACCGCGAUGCAGACGACGAUGAUGAUGACGAGGAUGACGAGGGCUUCAAGAGGCCACCAAAGAGAGACACUGAACAACCAUCAGGCUUCACCAUCAACAUGUACGACGUGCUGAAAGAGAACGAGUGCGAGUGA